CAACAUAACAAAUGAAGAGCUCCAUUCGUUUGACAGCCUACUCUUUCCAUAAGAGAGAGUAGACAUAUUAUAUUGUUUCAUGUAUUCUCGUCAUUGAGAUGGGAGAUAUUGCAUAUAGGCCUACGGAAACCGAGCAGAGACGAAAUAUUUUGUCUCCACCCGCGGGAAUGGCGACUGAAUAAUGUCAGACAGGCGUGAGUGGUGGACAUAGAGUGAUAGAAAGUCGGAAUGUCCUACAUAUGCCAAUGUAACUUUUUCUGCAAGGUAUUUCAAAACUAAGUAUUUCCUUUGCGUAAAUCAUCCUGGAGUCUCCAAAGGAUUCCUGAAGAAGGCACGCAGAACAGAGGCAAGUUUUUAAACCAUGGCCUGAAAAGAUGAGCAAAUCAGCCUAUACAGUCGAACUCACAUGCAUUACGUUAAGUUUUUUCCAACAAAACGAUACGUUUUUUUUUUCUUAGAUUAUUUAAUGUGGUAUUUUCUGUAAUUAAUUUAUUAGUUAUUAUAAUGUCCCAUCAACUGCCGUAGGCUAUUUUGUGUUACGAAAUGGACAUUCUAUAAAAUGUUAUUGCUUUAGUUUAGCCUAUUUAAUUGCUUUGGUAUCGGCUGGAGGCAGUGGCAUUUUGACAAAUUAUUCUAAUCCUCAUCAUCAGUGGGGCAAUGCGUGAGUAUAAAGUCGUGGUCCUCGGCAGCGGAGGUGUCGGCAAGUCUGCUCUCACCGUGCAAUUUGUGACCGGGACCUUCAUAGAGAAGUAUGACCCGACAAUUGAAGAUUUUUAUCGAAAGGAGAUCGAGGUGGAUUCCUCCCCGUCGGUGCUGGAGAUUCUGGACACUGCUGGGACAGAGCAGUUUGCUUCUAUGAGAGACCUUUACAUCAAGAACGGCCAGGGCUUCAUACUAGUCUACAGUCUGGUCAACCAACAGAGUUUCCAAGACAUCAAGCCAAUGAGAGAUCAGAUCAUCAGAGUUAAAAGGUAUGAGAGUGUGCCGGUGAUCCUUGUGGGGAAUAAGGUGGACCAGGAGGGAGAGAGGGAGGUGUCUUGUGGAGAGGGCCAGGCUUUGGCCGAGGACUGGGGCUGUCCCUUCCUGGAGACCUCGGCGAAAAGCAAGACCAUGGUGGACGAGCUUUUCACUGAAAUCGUCCGACUGAUGGACUCCUCCUCGCUGCCCGACAGAGCGGAACCCUGCUGCGGCUUAGCCUGCAGUAUACAGUAGCUCGCGGGGAGGCGGGUCUGUGAGAGGGUGGCGGACAGGGGGCUGAACAAAUAGGCGCACAGCUGCUCGGUUUGCAGUAUUUACCAACUCCAGGGGGGAGUUGGACAAUAUCGCCCCCAAUGUUUGUGUUGGUGAGCUAUCGAAGUCUUCAGGUCUCAGGCAAGGAUACUCUUCAUGCGACAGUGGUACACCGAAUUCCCUCCGUUAUACAUUCGUCAGAGAAGCAUUUGGAAGCAGGGGUGAACGAAAACAGAUCAACAUUGUAAGCCUACAUCGUGUGUUGACUCAAAAGGAUGGGGCAGAGCAUGGGACAUUAUUGAGUACGUAGAAUCAAAAUCACCAAGACCGAAGGACGGACAGAAGCACAGACAGAAAGACAGUCUAAGGGCUCUAUUACAUCUGUAUCGCAAAAGUUUAGCCUUACAGCGUGAUAGAAAUUUAAAGCCAAUUUUCCGGUGUUAGCGGAGACUGCAUUUACGGUAAACACUGUAUGUCGGACUCAAUUGGAAUUUACAUUUUCUAUUGUGCAAUCUGUAAUGCUUCACAUAGUUUAGCUUGGCGUUGUCUGGGCAUCUCGGUUGCCAUACACAACAAAUCGUUUGCCUUGUUACCUGAGGUUCGUGGUUGACUACACAUGUUUUUAAUGUGUACAGUUACAUUUAAUCUCCCACUUCGGUUUUAUUUUGCACCUCAAUAUAUAUACAUUUUCAACAAAUGUGGAAAAAAAGAGUCAAAUGUAUUUAAUGACGUUUAUACAAUUAUUAAUAGGCUAUAAUACAAAUAUCAGUAUCAUACAGAUGUAGGAUUUUCAUUUGAUGAGAAUGUUCCUGCACAGUCGGAAAUGCAAACAUGUAGUGUAUAAGGUUUAAAAAGGCUUCCGAGUUUUUACAUUUCCACUUCAAAAUUUCAGACUUGAUUUGCCCUAAUGUAAAAUGUAUCAACCCCGACAAAAAAAUGUAAUUCAUUAUUAUCCACAUAAUAAUUCACAUUUCCUGUUGCUGCUGUAGCAAACUGGCUCAAAUGAAAAUCCUACAUGUGUAAACGAUAUAAAUUAUAUACGUGUGUUAGUUGUUAGAUCAUCAGGUUUUUAUGAAACUCUAGACUUUGAACAUGACUUCCCACACCACAUUAUACAGCAUCUUCAAUGCUCUUACUGAGGGAAGGAGGUUGUUGGCCAAGAUCUCGCGAUACAUGGCCCCAUCCAUCCUCCC